UUCUGAUGUAAAAUCUUGCCACCUGAAUAUUAAUUAGCUUCAGGUUGCAUUUUGUUAGGGAAUAGGUAGAUAAUAAAUAAAUAGAAAUGCUUACGAAAACUUUCAUUUCGUGAUCGUAUUUACGAUUAUUAUUCACUCAACAAUCAAUGGAAAAAUGAUAUAUCCUUAUGUGGCUCUAGUGAUGUUCUAUGCAUGUGCCUUUUCUCUUGAACAUAAAAACGAUUGCCUUUACAACCAUGACUACAGGUGUGCUUCACAAAUUGAUAAAAAUGUAACAAGUUCCAUUGAUGGCAUAAACUUGUGCACCAGAGAACAGAUACCAAAGGUUGCCGAUUUUUACAUCAUGUGGGAUGAAGAAAAAAAAUCGUCCAGUCGCGGUGUUUUGAAAAUACGUUUCAAAUCUCCCUCGACCGUGUGCAAGUACAAAGUGUCCCUUUUCAUUAAUCCACGAAUAAAUAAUUCCAAGGAUUGCGACAAUUACGUGUUUCGUAAGGGAAACCACACUGAGAUCCAUACACCAGAGAAAACCGUCUGUCUCAGCACUAGAGAAAAUAAAGAAGAACAGGCGAUGAAAAAUACGUUGCAAUCGUUGUUUUGCGAGGAUACCCUGCACAUGUGGUUUCACUACAUCUACACGGGAUGUUACGCUCUUGGGUUCAAUGUCGACAAUGAUUACAUUUUCGUUGGAAAUGAAUUUUUUGUAACCGAUUAUCAGAAAAAAGAGGUCGCAGAGCCGAAAGUCUCGUGCAGUUACAAGUCGACGUUGACAAAUCGCGAAUCAAGUUUGGAAACGGUGCCAAUUGGAACGUAUGUUUCUCUGCUCGUGGGCCCACCAGAUAUAAAAGUAGACAUAGAAGUGGCACCUUAUUCGUUAGUCCACAAGAAUGAAGAAGUCGCUUGCAACAGAUACAGCGAAUCCCCCUUGAUUAAACUAUCGUUAACACUGAGUCCGGGGAACGAUACCGAUGCAGCGAACAAGAACUGUACUCAGUCGACUAAAUUUUUAUCCACCGGCGAAUCGGAAAAAACAAUCGACUGCAAUUUCGUAGCGGAAAAUUCGAUGAAGGAUACAGGGUAUUGCCUUUUCAUUCGCAUAUUGGAUCAGAGGUGCCAAAAAAAUACCUCGUGGAAGCCACCUUCGAGAGAUAAAGUUCCUUGCGCGUGGAUGCAGCAUUGUCAAAAGACUGAGGUAAAAGAAAUAGACGUGGAAUUGGAGGGAGACAACAGCGUGCAAAAAUUGAAAAUACCGGCAAUGCUGUACAUCUUUGGAUAUGUGGCAGCUGUUUUAGUCGUAGUUGCAGUGUCGAGUACGAUCCUCGUAUCUUAUUGUUUACACGUUCAGAAAAAAAAAGUUUUUCCCAAUGGAAACGCGAGUGCAGCAGGUGGCUAUGGAGCAAGUGAUAAGAAUGUAAAUGUGGACAGCUUGGAGUCGCAGAAGGAAAGACUACUCGUCAGGGAAUCGGGAAUCGUUAUUCUGUAUGUAAGAGAAUCCGACGAGUUCAUGUCAUUCAUGGGACAGUUUGGAAAAAGUUUGACGGAACUUUGUGGCUGUGAUGUGUACGACUGGUGGGCUCCAGAAUUGUGGAACGACGUGGCCCGUCUGGGAGGCUACGAGUGGGUGGUUAAUAUGAUAAGAAAAGAUUGUCGCAUCGUUUGGAUGGAUACGUUGAAAGCACGCACGAUUUUUGCGUCGCUGAGCAAAAAUGGGUGCACUCGGUUCAAGCAAUUGAAACGCCUGGAAAAUCUCGAGAUCACAGAUUUUCGCGAAAGCGUUUUUCCAGCCAUCCUCGAUUUUGCCAAGCGUUACAACCAGGACCUGAAACGUGAAUAUCAAAGGCAUUUUGUCGUUAGAUUAGAAACAUUUAAAGGUGCUGAUGAAACUGAGGAUCCCUUUGCUGAUCUCUCACCUCAUGCAAGAUACUUGCUGCCAUGUCAUCUUGAUAAAUUAUGCUAUCAACUGUCAACCCUCGAUGUGAACUUACAAGAUGAAAUUAAUAUUAAUAAAGUCCGACUCGGAAAAUACUUAUAUUAUGAUCCCGUCUUGGAUUUGUGAUUCUAUAUUUUUAUACAAAACCGUUGUGAAUAAGUUUGAAUUGUAACAAUAGUACAAAACUUUGUCAGCAUGCUAAAAUACAUGCUGCCUCUAUAAACGAUACUGCAAUGUCGAG